AUGUCGUCAGAGAAGGAAAACGAGGUGCUGUCGAUGUUUUUCGACGACGCGUUCGUGCCACACGACUAUCUGGACGCGCUCUUCACCUCAUCGCUCAAUCUCAACACCCCACAGCUCAAAGACAAGUCUAUAUCGUUUGCCUCGUCUGCGUCCUUGAAAUCGCUCCAGGGCAAGUGUCUCUCGCUGCUCACGCAUCUGGACUACUACACAAACGAGCUCACGCGCCAGUUCGAGCAGAAACUUCAGGAUUUGCAUAAUUCGUCGUCCAUCAUCUCUUACACCUCGGACGACAACGCCGGAAUCACAAGACUCGAGUAUUACGUGGAGUAUCUGGCCUCCUCGAUUAACUCGCUCAAUAGGGACCUGGAUGACGUCAACACGAAGCUCAAGUCGGUGAACGUGCCGCCUCAGUCGGAAGACCUUGUCAAGGACUUCCAGGACCUCAAACUGGUCAAAGAGCGUAUAAAAGCCACACUGGACAUAUUCGAGAUAAUCCAAGCCGUGGUGCUCACAAGCACAAUUGAGGAAGGAAAACUACAGAACGCUUCGAGCACGUUGUCCUUUGCACCAACAGGCUCCACGCAGAGCGACCCGGCUGCAAACGUCAGUCUCGACACGUUCUCCUCGUCGCUCAGUAUACUCGAAGAAACAAUCUUGGACCAGAUCCAAAAGGAGAAAGGAUCCGCAGAGGUGAACCAGGGACUCGUGGACAAGAUCCAGUUACUGGUGGACCUGCUUCCGUUCUUCAAAAAUCUCACGAGAUUCUACCUCAUCUACGCAGACUUCGCCCAGUUCCUCGAGAGCGAGAAAAAACGCUAUCUGAAUAGGUUUAAUAAAUAA